AUGUCGGAGGGCAAGGUCAUGUCUUAUCCCAUGCUCAAAGAGGCGUUCGACAAGCACCCAAGCUUCUUCGAUUUCUACACCUUACCUUCGGAUGAUGAAUCCCUGAUUCUGGAAAUGCCUAAGGCUUUUUUCAACCAAACUCCCUCAAGACCUGUCAUCUUUAGCGCCACUUUCGCCCGCGGAGCCUGGGAUGACUCCUCCAGCCUCUUACUCCUCCACGAACCCGCCGAGGCCACGGACCACGUUGUCUUUACUUUCAACAUCACGUCUGAUGGCUCUGGCAUAGACAUGUUCCGAGAACAGUAUGGCGUGCGGACCAGCAGCCCGGACUACGCCAUGCCGGUAGAGCUCGGGGCCCUGUCAUUGCGCGUGGGGACCUUGCCCAUUGUGAUUGACCACCAUGGCUCCAGUGACGACGAGGAAGGAAGCUACGUAGUAGAUGCCUCAGGUUUGAUUGAGAACGGCUUCUACAUCACAGACGUGACAGGUGCGGAAGACGCUAGGCUGCGCUUGGACCUGAGCCGGUCCUUCCCCGAGAACCUGGACAUCACGGCCGAGUACCUCCUUCCUCUCGACCCCUCUGACCCGGCGUCGCCCAAGGUCAGUGAGACGAUUAGUUUUUCCAUGGCUCUACUGCCUGAGAGGCCUCUCGUGGCCCGCGCGUUGGACGAACGCAUUGGUUUCUUCUCCAUCGGCUACCAGGACGUGGGCGACCAUCGCCACGACCCCAACGUGACGGCCUCGCACAAGCAUUUGGCCGACCGUGUGGACACCAAGGUUAAGAUCAUCAAUCGCCGCCGUCUCUCUUCAGGCGCGAAUGAAAGCGCCAUCACGUACUACAUCGACCCCACGGUGCCGAAACAGUGGCGGGAGUCAUUUCGGCAGGGCGUAGAGGCCUGGCGUCCGGCUUUCCAAGCUGCUGGCUUCGGCCCAGCGGCCAUUCGAGCCAUUCUACCCAACGAAAGCGGCUGGCCAGACGAUUAUCAGGUGGGAGACCUGCGGUAUUCCACCAUCAGUUGGGUUGUCGAUAUGGAUACCACCUUCGCGCUGGGCCCGUCCGUGGUAGACCCGCGUUCGGGCGAAAUCUUGAAGUCGGACAUCAUCUUCACGCACGGAUGGGUCAAGCACUGGAUCUCAUACAUGGAAAUGAUGGACAGCUCUAAGAAUCCUGCCCAGUCCGCCACGGGCCUCGAUGCGCUAGACCCCGCUCGGGAGGCAGCAGAUCUGCAGCGACUGCUCGGCGUGGACCACGGAGGGCAACGCGAACACAGCCACGAGCACAAGCAUGGCCACGACCAUGGGAACGACCACGAUCCAGUGAGGACCUUGGCAGGCCGACCCUGGACUCGAAUGCACCCUUCCCGGCGGACCACGCUCAGGCACGCGCACCGGCAUGGACGAUGUCAGGAGGCGAGGGCGAAGUAUGACUUGUCACCCAAGUUAGCUUUACUGGCCCGAGAGCUAGCGGGCAAGGACGCGUUGGUCUCCGACGACAUCCUCCACGCAGGCAUUCGCGAGGUGAUCAUGCACGAGGUGGGCCAUACCCUGGGCUUGCGGCAUAACUUUAAGGCCUCGUCGGGCGUCACGUGGGAGCAGACGCAGGACGUGGAGUACACGCAGAAGCACGGCCUCAGCACUUCUGUGAUGGACUACCUGCCCAUGAACCUGGUGAGUGGGCGUGCCGCUGAGACCAACGUCGAUUAUUUUUCUUCCACGAUUGGCAUUUACGACGUUGCGGCCAUAAAGUACGGAUACACCGAGCUCCCAGACGAAGCGCCUGGUAUGCCGCAUAAGGUCCUAACGGCUCUGGCGGACCAAAAUCUCCUCUUCGGAACGGAUGAAGACGACGCGAGUCCUUUGGGCGCCGAUCCGUACGUGAACGUCUUCGACUUUACCUCCGACCCUGCCGCUUUCUACUUGGAUCGCCUGACCUUGGUAGCGGAGCUGAGGGAGAACCUGCUCGACCGCGUGGUGUUGGAGGGGGAUGAGUUUACCCGCUACGCAGCCGCAGAAACAACACUCUUGAAGGUAGUGCUCUCGGCAGCAAAGUCCCUGACGAAAUUUAUCGGGGGCUACACUGUCAACAGAGCUCGGCGCGCGGCCCCCGGUGUGGCCCAAGCUCCUCCUUUGGCGGUCUUGAGCCCAUCGGAGCAACAGAGGGCCUUGGCAGGCGUGCUCCAAGUGCUAACAGACGACGAAUCCAUCAUAUUCCCUCAAGCGGAGGCGGUGCAGUGGAUGCUCAACAAAGGAGGAGAAUGCUCGGGUUUGUAUCAGUAUUGCCUGGCUCGCUCCCCCGUGGACGUAGUCAAGGCCAUAGACGACGGCCGAAUAUCCCUUUUGACGCAUCUCUUUGCCAUCCCACGUUUAGAGCGUCUUCGCACGGCGGAAUGGGUGACAUCGGCUUCAGGGGAGGCAGAAAAGAGCUUCGGAGUCGCCGAUCUCUUUACGCAAACCACUUUAGCCCUCUAUGGGGCCGAGCCUGGGGUCUCGGCCCGAGCAGCCGAGUCCCGCAACUGGAACCUGCAAAUAUACUGGGUGGAACGUUUGCUGGAACUAGCAAGCGCGCCCCCCGAGGACCUGUCCAGAGAGGUGGCUGCCUUGGCGGCGGCCCAACUCUUCAGCAUUCAGGAGUCUAUGGAGGUGGCCUUGGGGCCUGAUGGCACUGUCACCAAGGACUCCAAAGCCUAUCCUUUGCUCCGAAUUGUCCUGGUAAAGCUUCGUGAAAAAAGCUAUGUCAAGGGAGACUCAUGA